AUGAUCCACAAUCGAACUGUGCUGUGGAAAUAUCACGAUUCUGACCAAGUCAGCAGUCAAAAACAAUGCGAGGAUCUGCUACAGCUAGCGCCGUGGUUUCCUUCCUUUGAUGAAUGGGAACAGAAACUUCCACACUUGUCGGAUGUGAUUCCAGUAUCAUUGACCAACUUUCGUGGCGAGGAAGGUCACCCGAUUGUGCUGUACCCCCAAAUUACAGAUGUCCUGGAAGAGAGUAAAGAUGUCGUACGGCAUGCUUGGAUCGAAGAUGCAUCAAAUGAGCGCCAUUUCAGUUAUUUGAAAAGCUUGCCACGUCCGUAUCAACAAAUGACACGUGACCUGUACUCCGAGGGGAAGAACUUCUUGUAUGGGAUGUUGUACACUAAGAUCUUUGAGUUACAGAUUCCUAGCCAGCAAUUGGUAUUUGGGCAAAAUACAAGCUACUCAGCAACCAAUCGUGUUCCAUUUAGUAUUGCGGUUCACUCAAGGCAUACUGUUGGCGCGGAUGAUGGAUCUUAUAUCGAAGCUGAAACUAAGUGUUUGAACAAAAUGAUCACGCACUUGAAAGAUACGGAGCAGUCUUGCAAAGUGUUCGUCAUGUCUGAUCGAUCAAAGACGAUAGAUUUGCUGAUCGAGUGGUUGUUUGCAAGGAACUGCACGACGAUGGUCGCCAAUCAUACAAUGGGACCAAAGAUUCACGAUAUUGCAGAACAUGGGCCAUGGUCGGGAGCUGGAUUUUUGUUGGAUCUACAACUUGUAGGAGCAGCAGAAAGCGGAGUCGUGGGAGACCGACAUCGAAGUUCGACUGCGUUGGUCAUCUACCAGGUGGACUAUAACCGUCGAAUGAGGGCGUGUGGGCGAGCUCAAAAAACAAAACUACAUGACAUGCCCAUCUGCAAUCUGCCAAAUAAACACUUGUCGGGGUACAACUACGGACCCGGGACACCAACUUUUCGCCAUCAUAGCCAUCUAGCUCUGCUGGAACCCAUUGCUGUGGUGGACACAUACAAAAAGAAAGAUCUGAAAAACUAUGUAAUUAGCAGGUUCGAUUUUGAGAGGCCAUCAAUCAAGACCGUAUAUGAUGCUCUGAACAGUAAGUAUGAACAUCGCACUCAUAUUGUGUUAUUUUUGCUCGCUGUGGAAUUGACAUUGGCUGCUUUCCAAAGGUUUCCUCUUGGCAAUAAUGACAAAUCGGUCGUUUGUUCUCCUGGAUGA